AUGUCGGUGAACGAGGAGCGCACUGUGACCAUACAGGACAUACUGGAAGACGAGGAGCUGCAAGAGGCUUAUGCUGUGUUGGCUGGAAGUGAUCCAGAGAAUUGUUCCUAUCCCCAGGGAUACGUGAAGAGACAGGCUGUUUUUGCCUGCAACACUUGCACACCCAGGGGGGUAGAACCUGCUGGGCUCUGCCUUGCCUGCACCAACCAUUGCCAUGAUGGGCAUGACAUAUUUGAGCUCUACACAAAAAGGAAUUUCCGCUGUGAUUGUGGAAACAGCAAGUUUGGCGUGUUUAGGUGCCAGCUGAGUCCUGGCAAAGACCGACAUAACGCAAAAAAUCAUUACAAUCACAACUUCCAUGGCUGUUACUGUACCUGUGACAGACCUUACCCAGACACUGCUGAAGAUCAGGUUAAUGAGGAUAUGAUUCAGUGCAUCAUCUGUGAGGACUGGUAUCAUCCCAGGCACCUGGGUUGUACGGUGGAAGACUCUGAGGAGCUGCAGGAGAUGGUUUGUGAGACCUGCAUGAACAAAGCCCCCUUCCUCUGGACAUACGCCACCCACAUUGCAGAACCUCCCAUGGUCAAAGUGAGCCCCUGUAAAGGGGAGUUUGAAGUCAACAAGGAGGAAGAUAAGGAGCCAGAGGACAAGAGGAGGGAUGAGCCCUGUAAGAACGGGGGCGAGGGGUCCUCUACCAACCCCAGCUGUCAGGAGAAGAAGCAGGCUACGAAUGGGAGGUCUGUCUACAAACGGACUCACCAGGAGAUGACAGGCCUUCCUGUGAAGAGCCAGGAUAAGACUGUGUACUGCAGGCUGAGGGACCUGAAGACACAAGGUCUGGAGAGAGCUAGGGAAGGGGCUGUGUUCUGGCCUUACCACUGGAGAGCCAAGCUGUGCACCUGCGUCAGCUGCAAGAGGGCAUACGUCGAUGCGGGAGUGCAGUUCCUGCUGGAUGAGUCAGACACUGUCCUGGCCUAUGAGAACAGAGGCACUGUAGAGCAAGGACCUGCUAGUCUUGACAGUCUGCUCAUGUCAAGCCUGAGUACUCUGGACCGCGUGCAGCAACUGGAGAUUGUUUACCAGUUCAAUGAGAUGCAGACUGAACUGAUGACGUUCCUACGGCAGAUAGCUGAUGAAGGAAAGGUUGUCACAGCAGAGGCCAUCCACCAGUUCUUUGGGGAGCUGAUGUCCAGGAAGAGGCGGCAAAUGAACAGCUGA